CCAGAUGUUUUGGUCGGUGAAUGACAUAACUAUAAUAACAAAGUAAAUUUAGUCCUUUACUUUUAUUAAACUUUUUAAUCACACAUUUUGUGUAAAAUGUCGGCCAAUAAAUAUAAUGAGUUAAUAAAGUUAGGCACACAAUACGCUCGACGAAUGGACUACCUAUCUAAUCGAAUAUUUGGCGAAGUUGCACGUAAUACAAAUGACAAGUCAAUGAAGGUAGUUCGUAUGUUCGCUGAGGAGCCGGUGCAUAAGCGUGAUAUGUUAAAUAAUUGGUAUCCACGACACGUAGAAACUCAUGUACUCAUGAAGAAUUUACGCGCUUAUGGUUUGUUCCGUGAUGAACAUGAAGAUUUCAAAGAGGAAAUGAAGCGAAUGAGACGGUUGCGCGGUAAGGCUGCACCCAAGAAGGGCGAGGGCAAACGUGCAUCUAAAAAAUAGUGUAUAAGUGUUUUAAUAAAGAUGUUGUUUAUUUAUAUAUC